UUGGAUAUAUGUGUGUUAUAUAUGCACAUAUAUUUACACAUAAACUUUUUGUUCAUUUCAUUUUGAUCAUUCAGGCUUUGAAGAAAGAGUAAUGGUUAAUAACUUUAAUAGCCAUUGAGAGACAAAGGACAACACUAAGUAAAGUAGGAACUACCUCAUUGCCUACUAGUUGGAAGCAAAUCUUCUGAUUCAAUGUUUCUGUUGGGGGAAACAGAUUAAAUCCUGCUUAAUCCUAGGUUAAAUGGGAAGAUAAUGGGAACUAUAGUGAUAAUCAUUGGGAUCUGCCAUGGAUGAGUAUAAAGCCUUGCAUUUAUCACAUUAACUGAUUUAAGGGUUCUACUCCUUAAGGAACUACUUCUGUACUGAGGAGUCAGAGGAGGGAGCAGGCUUUUACUGCCAAAGAACUAGGGAGCCAAACUGUCUUUAGAGUCAUUAAAAAGAUGAGAUUUAAUAGUGCUAUUGUGUAGAUUUUUUCAGUCCAGAAUUCUAUUGGCUUAAAGUGUUUACAGAAGAUGUGUUCUUUUAGAGUCAGCUGAAUUAGUUACAGAUGAGGAUAAUCUGGCUUUAGGAUUGUUAAUUAAAUUGUAUUGACACUUCUAGGUCUAAAGCAAUAAUUGCUCUUCUUUCCCUUUAAAUGUUGAGAUAUUCCUGAGAUAUUCCCCUAUCCAAACUGAUUGUUACAAGCCAACCAAAAUUUUGAAUGCAGAUUGGGGGCCUAUACUUCUGAAUGUUUCUGUCAUAAAGACCAUGUGUGGUAGAGAAUUUGACACAUACUGAAUUAGCUCCUGGAGCUAUAAGAUCUCUGAGUAAGUCAAUUUUAUCUGUUUUUAAAAGCAGUUACUGGCCUGUCACUAGGCACUGGAUACUAUUGAAUAAAUAAGACAAUGUUUUACUAUGAUUCUAUGUCCUGAUUUGUUCAUCAUAAACUGCCCCUUUUACAAGAUAGCAAGGCUGUUUAAAAGGAAUGUGAAUAUCUGAGAUUACUUUUGCCUGAAUCCUUUGAGUAUUAGUAACUUUCACUGGUAAGAUGGGUUUUUCCUAGGCUGAGAAUUCAAAUUAUAGCUCCACUGUUUUGCAUCCUAUCCUAGCUCAAUGAUAAAACAAUAGUGACUUCGGUAUUGAGGAAUACCAUUUUGACUGCUUCACAGAUGUCUCCAUCGGCUAUUAAGAGAGUACAUACAGCUGGACUUUAGUGCUCUUUGCACAGCAAAAUUAAUUCAGUCAUCUUUCUUAAAUAUUAGAGUCAUGAAAAAUCCUCCUAAUGGGCCAGCCUACAAACUACAUCUGAAAUUACCUUCACUCCUGAGAUUAUACAUUUUAAAAGACUUUUGGUUUUGUAAUUAAUUUUGUCCAUCAUUUGAAUGGGGUUUCUCCUGUAGUGUCACCUAUGCUAGGUUCCUUUUUGUUAUGAGUUCCUUUAAGGUCAUUUUAGUGCUGCAAGUUCUCCUGGAGAGUUUUUGGGACCUCACCACUAAAAGGUGGGAUAUGGUAUGAAUAUAUAUUUCCCCCUUUCUUCUAUAUUGGCUGAGAUGGUUUCCUUUAAGAAUGCAAGAAGGAUAUCCUCUAGACUUGGAGAGUCUAGAGAACUGGGGAUAUAAAAACUCUGUAGCAGAAUUUCCAUUGCCUUACAAGGUUCCAUUAUGAACUGGCACUGUCAUUUCUAUUGUGAAUGUGGAUGUGGAAUAAUAGCAUUUUAUCAACUAGGAAUUAUAUUCUUUUUCACCUUAUUCUAAAGUUUUUAUUAUUGUACUUCAGAUCUGCCUAUGUUGUGUUUCCCAGAUAUUUUCAAAUCUUUAUCCCUGAAUUGGCUUCUGUUAAGCUGACCUUGCAUGUGCUAGCAUUCAUAUAUUUGUAGUCACUAAUGCUUUCUUAUGUAAGACUAGUAAAGUAACUGACAGGUUGGAGUUUAGAGGGAGGUCCUUCAAUCUGAGCAAAAGGAAGAGUGUGAGAGUAAUCUUUUUUUUUUUUUAUCAGAAUAUGUAAACAAUGUCCUCUGACCAUAUCACAUAGUUAUAGAUUAAAAAUCUAGAACAGAAUUAGGAAGGAGGGCAGAAGAGAUAGAGCAAGAUCAGGUAAUAAUAUAAAAAAAAUCUACAUAUGCCAUCAGCAACUUCUGUAGGUUGUGUAAAGGUAUGAGGGUGUGCAGAACAGCGGGGAGGAGGUGGAUUAGUCAGGCUCAGUUACAGACACUGAGAUCUUUUUCUUUGAAUAUAAUCGUUUUCCUUUCCCACACUUCACAGUUAUGUUAGCUAAGCCAUGCAGGGUGGGUAGUUGCUUGGAAUAACUAGAAGACUGAAUAAGGCCCAAGUAAAUUUAAACAAAACAAGCCCCUGGGGCGACUGAAAUUUGAAGAGAAUAUAAUAUCCACCCUGAAUGGGAGGUAAAACAAAACAAAACAAAAUAAAGCCGAAAUGCCUCCCUGCCUUCUUUUUAAAGUCCUACUUAAAAAGCUAGGUACACUAUGAUAGUUCUGGGUGCAAGUGGUGUCACAGAGUAAGGAAAAUUGUCAUUGAAAGAAAAACACUGAAAGUAAACUAGUCCCUGAAAGAAUCUGCCAUAGUUUCUUGUUUGACACAGGAAAAAGGGCCUUGGGAAUGGUGACUCAGCGGAGGGAAUUCUGAGCUUUUGUAUAGAUACCAGAUUCAGAAGAAAAUGAUGAAAAUUCCGUUUUGGCAACAAUCCAUGGUGGGGGGAGGAAAAAUGGAGAGAGGACAAGGUAAAAAGAAGGAAAGACUGGGAGAGAGAGGUCGAGAGGAAGUGACAGAAGGAUCACUAAUUAACCAUUAAGAGGUUUCUGAAUCAAGAUUGCAAGUAGAAACGAAUAUAUUGUCAGCAAGUGAAUUAUGACACUCAAAGUUAAUGUAGUAGGUACUUGUACAAAUGUUCCUGUUUCUCAAGUUCCUCAUCUUCAUUUUCUCUUCCCUUUCGCCACCUUCCCUUUUUCUACGCUGGAACUGUUUUUAAACGGGACAGGGGGAAAGGGAGAAAAGGGCGCUGGAUUGCAAUCUUCUCCCAACAAAAGCCCUUUGCUGUUUAGAUCGAGGAUCGUGGAGAGAGCCACAGUCCUAGGAGGAAAAAGAAAGUGCGGGCGCUGGGGAAAAGUGGAAAGCUUGACCCCCAAACCAGCUGGGGCCAAGGCAAGGUUUAGCAGUGCGCUUGCCUCUAUCCCACCUGCUGCAAUCCCUGCCCGGACUCUAAGGCUUCCAAGCCACUUCCUUCCUCUAGAGCCUCCGGACUUCGUUCCAGCUUUACUCUUCCAGGGAGCCUCAAGCACCACCACCACGGCUGCUCUGUCACUGCCACCACAGAAGGAUCAGGUUCUCGGGUGGUGGCAGAGACAGCAGUGACUUGGAGCAUCCUCCCCCUCCCCUUCUCUCCCCUCACUUCCCCUCCCUCCGCCUGACCACCCCCCACCCACCCCCUUAUCCUCCUAGGGCCGGCUUCUGCAGCUCUUUGCUACUAUUGGCGGGCAUAAGCUUAGUGGGGCGGGGCCAACCCAGGCCGGUAUCACAUGGAAAGCCUCAAAAGAGCUGAGUGUAUUGCAGAGCUCAUAAGAACCCCCGGCCAGUGUAGCAGCAGCCAUCACCUCCGCUAGCAGACUGUGCCUUUGAGAAUUUUGGAUUGCAUUUUGCUCACUCGCUUUAAACAAAAAAACAAAAAAAAAAACCACUGGAUCUUACAUGCCUCUCCUUUCCCCACUUCCACUCUAUGUCCCCAUGCUCCUGAGCCAGCAACAGAGUGUAUUCUCCGGAUGGCAGAUAAGUUACUAAGGUAACAGCUACAUGCCAGUAGACAAUUCUUGGUAGACCCAAGGCACCUGGAGACUUCCAUCUCUACCUAUUUUUUUUCGUGUGUGUGUUCUUCCUUAGCAUUCAAAACUGUUUCUCCAAAGGAUCCUGCAGAAACUCAGACUGUUUUCUAAAGCAGAAUCCCUUCAGUCCACAGCAGAAGCAAUGGGCAGUGUACGAACCAACCGCUAUAGCAUUGUCUCUUCAGAAGAAGAUGGCAUGAAAUUGGCCACCAUGGCGGUUGCAAAUGGCUUUGGGAAUGGGAAGAGUAAGGUCCAUACUCGACAACAGUGCCGAAGCCGUUUUGUCAAGAAAGAUGGUCACUGCAAUGUUCAGUUCAUCAACGUGGGUGAGAAAGGGCAGAGAUAUCUGGCAGACAUCUUUACCACUUGUGUGGACAUACGUUGGCGGUGGAUGCUGGUCAUCUUCUGUCUGGCUUUUGUUCUCUCAUGGCUAUUCUUUGGCUGUGUGUUUUGGUUGAUAGCAUUACUUCAUGGAGAUUUGGAUGCACCUGAUAACGAUAAAGCAUGUGUAUCUCAGGUCAGCAGUUUUACUGCUGCCUUCCUUUUUUCCAUUGAAACUCAGACAACAAUAGGCUAUGGCUUCAGGUGUGUCACUGAUGAAUGUCCCAUUGCAGUUUUCAUGGUAGUAUUCCAGUCCAUUGUGGGCUGCAUCAUUGAUGCUUUUAUCAUUGGUGCAGUCAUGGCUAAGAUGGCAAAGCCAAAAAAGAGGAAUGAGACUCUUGUCUUCAGCCACAAUGCCGUAGUCGCCAUGAGGGAUGGAAAACUAUGCUUAAUGUGGCGUGUGGGAAACCUCCGUAAAAGCCACUUGGUGGAAGCUCAUGUGCGAGCACAGCUCCUCAAAUCCAGAAUUACAUCUGAAGGAGAAUAUAUCCCACUUGAUCAAAUAGACAUCAAUGUGGGAUUCGACAGUGGAAUCGACCGUAUAUUUCUAGUCUCUCCAAUUACAAUAGUCCAUGAAAUAGAUGAAGAUAGUCCUUUGUAUGAUUUGAAUAAACAGGACAUGGAUAAUGCAGACUUUGAAAUUGUUGUAAUACUAGAAGGGAUGGUAGAAGCCACUGCUAUGACAACACAAUGUCGUAGCUCUUAUUUGGCAAAUGAAAUACUCUGGGGCCAUCGCUAUGAGCCUGUCCUCUUUGAGGAAAAACACUACUACAAAGUGGACUAUUCAAGAUUUCACAAAACAUAUGAAGUGCCCAACACACCUCUUUGUAGUGCUAGAGACUUAGCAGAAAAGAAAUACAUCCUCUCAAAUGCUAAUUCCUUUUGCUAUGAGAAUGAGGUUGCACUCACUAGCAAAGAGGAAGAAGACAGUGAGAAUGGUGUUCCUGAGAGCACAAGCACAGACACACCUCCUGACAUAGACCAUCACAACCAGGCUGGAGUGCCCCUGGAGCCCAGACCACUAAGGCGAGAAUCAGAGAUAUGACUAACUGGCUUCUCUUUCAGGAUGUGACUUUAAAACACAGUCUGUUGUUGGUCAAAGGCACAUUAAGCUGAAACUUGGCCCAAACAGUUUGCAGAUGACGGUACUGGUGAAGAGAUAUAUCAAGGCAAGCAGCUGCAGGGGAUGGAGGCUGGUAUAAGGGUUUCAAAGGGAAGACUGCAGAGCUGGAACAUUAAUAUAAAGCACUAACAUGUCUACGCAUGAUCAGAUGGCACAUAUAUGUUGUAGAAUAAAUUAUUAUUUUUGAGAUAAAACUUGAACUUGCAGGCAAGUAUUGGUAGGGUUUGCAACUUUUCCAGAAUACUUCUCUAGGGAACAAGAAUGUUUUUAAUGGCAUAACAAAGGCAAGAUUCUGCCUUAAUUUUUUUUUUGAAAAAAAAAAAGCUGCUGCUAACUACAUGAACAAAAAUUAUAUUUUGUUGUAGUGUAGUUUUUAUUUUGUAUAAUUUAAGAAUCAGUGUUGGAACUUUGGUGAAAGCUCAUGAUACUCUUCAAAGUGGCAAAUACUUGGCUAGCAGAUGCCAAACCAAGAGCCGGAACUUUUGAGGCCAGUAGUUUUUUCUCUAGAAUGGAUUUUUCUCUCUCUGGUUACAUAAGGGGCAUUAUGUAACGCAAGCCAAACGGUAGCUUCCAAGGAUCUCUUCUCCAUGAUUUUUAAUGAGUUAUCUCAAAUUGUAAGUUAAACUACCUAAAAAAGAAUACCAAAGAUAAUGCAUAAUUUUGCACAGUUGAGCUUACUUUCAAAAGGAAAAUUAAAAGUCAACAACAACUACAAUAACAAAAACAAAAACAACAACAACAAAAAGAAACAGGCUGCUUAGAAAAACAAAACAGGAACUUCACAUCUUGAGCUUCAGUAGACUGGAACUAGCACAUCACUUUGCACCUUAUUCAGAAGACAGAGCAUAAGACCUAGAGCCUAGGAAAGUGCAACUUGUACCCACUUCAUGCAACUCCUUUAAAGGAAGUAAAAUUUCAAAAGAUACACAGAGGGGGGAAAAUUAUACAAACCAACAUCUGUUCUCUGCUUGCUAGGUAACAUCAAGCAAGGCUGCUUCAGAAGGUCAAGUGGGUUGUUUUGGUUUAGAUUGGGGUUAUUUUGCACAUUCCUAAACUGCUUCUAAGAGGUAGUGUCCUGGUCUAGCUGAGUCUGCAUUCUGAAAACUGAGCCAUCCAGCAGGAAAAAGAGGCUAUGACUGAACCCCCUUGCUUUUCAUUCCAGUUCCAGUUACACUCAAGCCAGGCUCAGACAAGGCACCAAACUGCACCCUGGGGGUCACUUUCUUUUCCUAAGGGCAUCAGGGAAGGGCUGUACAUGUCCCACAGGACUAUAAAUGACAGGAAAGUAAAUCAGGGGAAGGUGUGGACGUGCCACUCUGAUGCAGCACAGGAAGAAAGGGGGAAAGGUUGCUUUAUUUAUUAUUAUUAUUGUUGUUAUUAUUAUUUUUGGCCAAGAGAAGAGUGACAAAAUGUAAUCAUUUUCUAGGGUCAAAAGAAAAAAAAACAUUUAAACAAUAAGCAAAAUAAGGAGUGAAGGGGAUAAUUCUGUUGAAGAGUUGUUUUCUCCUUCAUUUUUGCAUACUCAGUUGAGUGCACACUCAGUGUUGGUCAUUGUCUCCCAUGGAGCCCUAAAGCAUAUAUGCAUAUAUAUUUUUAAAUGAUAUGCUGAUUUCUCUAAAGGCUAUUCUUCUGCCUUACUUGCUUUAAAACUUCCUGCCAUACUAGCUCCAUAAAGAGACUUAGAUGUUGCUUAGAAGUCCCUCAUCUGAGUCCUUUGGUUACUGACUCUCCCCACUCCUCCCACCCUAUUCCCAUCUUAAUCUAAGUCUCCAAUUCAGCUCUUAUGGUAUUAGAUCACUGUAUGCCAUUAAAAAUUAGCUUGUUCUAAUGUCAUAGGUUUUGUAAAUGGAAAUCUGUGAUGACUUCUGGUCACUGAACAUCCCUACCUGAAGGAAAUGCCUGCAGCAGUCUGUGGCAUCUGCUAUCUCCAUGGUUCUGAAACUGGGAAAACAAUUGCACUGAAAGAGCAAAAUUAGAUAAGAAAGAGAAUGGAAGAUAUUGCAGAGGGAGAUAUGGGGAGGAGAGGACUUUAAAAAGGAAAGAGGGAUGAGUAGGGCUUAAGAAUUGAGGGCAUAAGGAAAGAACAGAUAAGUGGAUGGUCCUUGACAAUGAAGGCAAUGACUGAUUUAAGUGCUGCUAUAUGGUAAUAUCCUUGUUAAAGUAUGACAGCAACCAAACCAAAGAGUAUUCAGUGACAUGUCAAACAAUUGAAGACUUCAUUGAGAAGUGGAUAGCCUCUGUGGAAGUUAUUUUCUCCCUCCCCCACCACUACAUACCCAACCAAAUACAUGGAGUUACUACUUAUAAGAUUUGAGAUAGAUGAAAAGGAUUGGGGUGGGAGGAGUAAGGACUGAGAGUGGCAUAUUUAAGUUAUUUUUCCUAAAAGAAAAAAAAAAAAUCUGCUGCAUAGGUUUGGGGUUUCCUUUUCACAAAAAAAUUUUUUUUGCAGAAAAUACAUUUUUAAAGUGUACAUUUUAUACAGUUUAUCAAAUAUUUUCAUAUUUAAAGCCAAAUGUAAAUAGAUGUCUGUAAAGAAAAAAAAUGCCAUAGGAAAUAUAAAUUUCAGUGCAAGAAAUUUUGUUAGCUAGUAUGCUACUGGUUAGCAUGGUUUGAGCAAAUAUUCAAAAACCUUAUAGGGCUCUUAAUGCUAUGGGCUUUUGUUAUUUAUUUAAGCAUGGACUUUUAAUUUGAAAAUAUUUUGUAGUUACGGAGGCAUUUUAAACAAACUUUCAGAUGGCUAAUUUGUCAACAAUGGAGACUUAGACAAUGCACUGCUCUUCUUGCUGGAUUUGUUUGUUUUCCUUUUCUUUUUUCUUUGCUUUGAAUCCUUUGUAUUUACUGACUGGCUUUUAGACAUUUCCUUAGAGAACUUGCAAAUCUGAUACUUGGAUGCAGGUGGGAGCCACUGUGAAAGUGACAAAUAUAAAUCUUAGAGCCUUCCUAUUCCUCAAGUGUGGCUUUUCUAUUUGCAAGCACAACUACCAUUGGCCUUACUUAGAAUUGUUCCUCUUGAUACUGCUUUAACCCCUUUCAAAGAUGGUAUGGUUUAGAGACUUGGAUGGGAAUUUUUUCCCCUGCAUUUCUUGUUAUAUAUUUAUAUUUUUGUUAACAGAGGAAGAGAAGAUUCAGACAUAAUAAUUAUAUUUUGCUAAGUGAGACAAGAAGUUUUCUAUCCUUCAAAGAGAAUACUUGAAUGAGACAUUUUAAUGAUGUCAUAAAAAUAACACUGCAGCCAUUUCCAAAUUCUGAAGUUAUUUUUUUUCCUUAUCUCAUCCUUGAUUAUUAUUCACCACCAUCACUACCAUCAUCACUACCACCCACCUCUUCCUCUUCAUCUGAUUUGAAAGUACUGAAUGCUUGUUUUGCUUAAUUUGAUAUAUUUACCUCUGGCAACUUAUCAAAUUAAUUCUAUUGAUUAACCACACCCUGCCCUCUUCCCCACAAAAAAGACAAGAUGUGUUGAGUUUUGUUGGAUUAAAUUUUGAUUUUCAGGUUGAAAUUACAAGGUAAAAAACUGAAAUUCAAUACUGUAGAAUCAGAUUCUUGCUGGUUAUUUUUUUAUUAACGAUAAAGAGUGUUAUACAAUGCCCACCAUUCCUUUACCAACUAGAUCUGUUUUCCUAUCACUGGCUUUCAGCUCUGGCAAGAUGAACAAUCUAGGCAUUUGACAAUCGUUGUACAUUACUCUGUUCCUGUUUGCCAUCUUUUUUUAUUGUAUCAAAGUCUUCCUAUUGUACUGCACAAAUCAUGGAUUGUACAUAUUUUUAUAUAUUAUGUCUUAUUUUAUUAUUUCUAAAUAAAAAUCCAAAAUAUUAAAAAAAAAAAAAAA